AUGGCUUCAAUGGGUGCUGUCAAUCCUUAUGGGCACCUUUUCAGGUCAGCCCGAGCCGGCAUCACCUAUGUGCCUCGACGCACCCUAACUUAUACCGUCCCUCGUCGAGCCCAAGAAGACGGGUCCAAUGGCUCCAAUAACCAGUCCGAGCCGCCUCAAUCGAAGCCGUCUGCCAUUUCUUCUUUCAAGAAUUUCCUGUUCGGUCGGAAGCCCGACGCGGAAAAACCCAAAAUCACUCGUCAACCCACCGCUCCGCUCAAACGGGAGGGCUCGUUGAGUGCCGACUCAAUUUUCGCAGAGGAUGAAGCCUCGCCCAAGCUGAUUGCUUCCGGCCGAACACCAGCUCGCAGGCAACGGGCGGAGUCUACAGAAGCUCAGGAGGAGGCUUCCCAUGCAGUGGAACAACGGAGCAAGUACAACAUGCAGGCGGUGUUGGAUCCACGUCCUCAGGCCCGAAUCCGUUGGGAACGCAAGAUGGUCAUUCGCGAGGUUCGUCGUCGCGGCCGCUUGUCAAAGACCGAACAGAUCCUGCGCACCGAACGCGAGUCGCUGUCCAAAUCGCAUUGGUUCAAAACCUCCAUCAAGAAACUGGGUCCGCUGGCCCGGCAGAUUGCGGGAAAGAACAUCGACGAGGCCAUGCUGCAGAUGCGUUUCAGCAAGAAGAAAGCCGCCAAGGAUGUCCUCGAACACCUGGAGCACGCGAAGAACGUCGCCAUUGUUCGCUACGGGAUGGGUCUGGGUGCGGUGGAAGGUGCCACGUCAACACAGAAACCCAUCACCAUCACCCUAGCAUCGGGCGAGCGCAAGACCAUCACCGACCCGACUUCCAUAUACAUCGAACAGGCCUGGGUCAACCGCGGUCCGUACGGUUAUGAUUACGACCACCGCGCCAGAGGCCAGAUCAAUCUACUCCGUCCUCCCCACACCUCUCUCUCCGUCGUGUUGAAGGAAGAGAAGACGCGGAUCCGAGAAUGGCAGGACCGAGAGGCAGAGUCGCAGCGUAAACGAAAAGCUCAGCUGUGGACACAACUUCCGGACCGGAAGAUCAGUGCACAGAACCCGUACUACAGCUGGUGA